AUGUUCAGAAGUCUAGCGCAAGUAUACGUUCUCCCUGUGGUAUCGUUUGUCAUCAACCACACUCCGAGCUUCAUCUGGGUAAUACUUGACUUCUUCAUGGAUAUAUGUUUUUUCUGGGUCAAACGGCUCUACUCGUUCUACAACCUGAAAGAUCCGCUCAAAGAGUACCUCAAGCACUUGAAGAAUGUCAAAAGUUACAAUGAAUGGAAGCAGACGGUGGCUGAGAUCGACAAGCUCACCAACAUGGAUUUGUGGAGACAGAACUUCAUUCUGAAGCACUACGACUAUUUGCUUAUAAACGACAGAAUCAAACUCUUGCAACAGGCGAGACUUAGCGAGGAUUCUCUGUUGAUAAUGUCUCUUUUGCGUUCGGGUCUAAUUCGUAAUUUUGGUGGCAUUUCCCAGAAGCGACUCUAUAUCAAGUCGUAUAUGGGUACCAAAUUCAAGAUUGAGGAGUAUAUUGCUGAAGUGCUCAAUUGCUUGAACUAUCUCAACGAGUCCAUCAAUAGUGAGAGAGACAACGAAGAGUAUAUCAUGAAUAGCAAGCAGUUGAAGCUAGACUUCUUCCAUGAUGUGAGACAGUCAUUUGGGUCUACUGCGUUGUUGCUACAGGGUGGUUCUCUCUUUGGGUUAUGUCACUUAGGAGUGGUUAAAGCAUUGUAUUUCAAGGGUUUGUUGCCCCGUAUAAUUGGUGGCAGCGCUGUGGGAGCUGCUGUGGCUUCGUUGGUCUGUACACUCACAGAUCAGGAGUUGAUUCCGAUCUUGAUUUCGAUCGCUGAUGUCAUGAAGAGCAUGGAUCGUUUGAAUCACGAUGUAGAUGAAAGAUACGGUAAUGUCAUAGAAAAUGUAGUAAAAAAGGGCUAUUCUGAGGAUAUCUUGAUUUUCCUUAAGUUUGUCAAAGACACCAUCGGCGACUUGACGUUUGAAGAAGCGUAUCUCAAAACGGAGAAGGUUCUCAACAUCGUAGUGCACCCUACUCACCAAUUGGUGCCUUCGCUUCUCAACUAUAUAACUGCUCCCAACGUCAUUAUCUGGACAGCCAUUUAUGCCAGUAUAGGAACAGGUGUCCUUUCUGACAAUGUCCAAAUCUAUGUGAAAGACUUCAACAACAAUAUUGUGCCCAGAUCGCCAGAUCUCAAUAUCACCUUCUUGAAGCCCCAAGAUGUGACAUAUUCACAGCAGUACUUCAACUUCAAGAAGAGGGAUGAUAAUGGAGGCAGUUUCAUGUUUGACAAUGGUCAGCUUAAAGAAAAUUCUCCCUAUACCAGGUUGACAGAGCUUUUCAACGUCAAUCAUUUCGUUAUCAGUUUAGCCCGCCCCUACUUGGCACCUCUCAUCAGUAACGAUCUCAAACAUUACCAUGUAUAUGGCAAAGUCAGAUACAACGAUACGGGACAUUGCAAGACAAAGCUUUUGGACAUUCCUGCAACGAAUACAGAUGUAGAAUUGAGCAAGACAUAUGUUGACGAUGUGGAAAAAUACACCAAAGAUACGACAUUCACUUUAUUCAAGCAUGUCAAAGACAUUGUUGGCAUGGAAAUCCAGCACCGUUUAGUGGUGAUGAACAAAUUAGGGUUGCUAAAUGAUGUCAUGAAGAGAUUCUUCAUAGAUGAGAAGCCUACGUCGCUACAAUCUUUAGCCAGCAUCCGUGAGGUAACGAUUGUUCCUGAGUUGAUGUAUCUCGUUAAGGACUUUGGCAGAGUGUUUGAUGUUCACAAGACAAUGGAGAACAUACCCUACUGGGUGUUGGUAGGGGAAAGAUCUGUCUGGCCGUUGUUUCCACUCUUGUGGACUAGAUGUUCUAUUGAGUUUGCAUUGGAUGAUCUAUACAACAUACAUAGAAAGAAAGGUUAG